UGGUGCGAGAAGCAGGAAUGCGAAGAUGGCUGUAGACCUCGGAGAGCUGCUGGUCCCGUACAUGCCCACCGUCAGGGUGCCCAGGACAGGAGAUAGGGUUUUCAAGAGCGAGUGCGCCUUUUCCUUCGACUCCCCCGAGUCGGAGGGAGGCCUUUAUGUGUGUAUGAACACAUUCCUGGGCUUCGGACGAGAACAUGUGGAGAGACACUAUCGCAAAACAGGGCAGAGCGUUUACAUGCACCUCAAACGACAUGUCAAAGCGAAAGCCACAGGAGCUGCAGGAGGCGCCAUCCCCAGACGAAGAAAUGGAAAGGUGUUUCUAGAUUUAGAGCUAAACCGGGAUUUUAACGGACAGGACUAUGAAUAUGAAGACGAGGCCAAGCUGGUCAUUUUUCCAGACCACUUCGAGAUCCCCUUACCAAAUAUUGAGGAGUUGCCCGCUCUGGUUACCAUCGCUUGUGAUGCAGCGCUCAAUGCACCGUCGGCUUACAAGAAGCAGGAGCCUGAAUCCUGGGAGGAGGAGAUCCAGGUGUCCAGACAUGCCAGGAGUCUCAGACAGCUGGAUAAUGGGGUCAGGAUCCCACCCAGUGGUUGGAAGUGUCAGAAGUGCGUGAUGAGAGAAAACCUGUGGUUGAACCUGACAGAUGGAGCAGUGCUCUGUGGGAAGUGGUUCUUUGAUGGGAGCGGAGGCAACGGCCACGCUCUGGAUCACUACAAAGAGACCAAAUACCCCCUGGCUGUCAAAAUAGAAACCAUCACCCCAGACGGAGCAGAUGUCUACUCAUUUGAGGAGGAGGAAGCUGUGCUGGACCCUCACAUAUCAGAACACUUGUCACACUUUGGAAUUGAUAAGCUACAGAUGCAGAAAAAAACAGAGAAUGGUCACCACACAGAAAAUAACUCCAGGCCGCGGGUCAGUGAAUGGGAGGUGAUCCAGGAGUCUGGCAUGAAGCUGAAAGCGGUGUUUGGUUCUGGUUACACAGGCAUCAAAAACCUGGGCAACAGCUGCUACCUCGGCACAGUGAUGCAGGUCCUGUUCAGCAUCCCAGACUUCCAGAGGAUGUAUGUUGGUAAUCUUCAGAGGAUAUUUGACUAUUCACCCCUUGACCCCAGCCAGGACUUCGCCACACAAAUGGCUAAACUGGGACAUGGACUGCUCUCAGGCCAGCACUCCAAACCACCCAUGAAAUCUGAGCUCAUUGAACAGGUGAUGAAAGAAGAAAGCAAGGUAUUAAACUGGCACCAGCAGAAAGGAGUCCCCCCUCGAAUGUUGAAGGCUCUGGUCGGCAGGGGACACCCAGAGUUUUCCUCUAACAGGCAGCAAGACGCCCACGAGUUCCUCCUGCACAUCAUCAACAUGGUGGAGAGGAACAGCGCAGGUUUAGAGAAUCCAAGCGACAUCUUCCGCUUCCUGGUGGAGGAGCGAGUUCAGUGCUGCCAGACACGUCAGGUUCGUUACAGUCAACGGGUGGACUACUGCAUCCAGCUGCCAGCUCCCAUUGAGGCGGCCACCAAUCGAGAGGAGCUGAUGGCAUAUGAGACCAAGCGGAGGGAUGCUGAGGAGAAUAUGCAGGCUCCCCCAGAGCCGGUGAGAGCCCGGAUCCCCUUCACCGCCUGCCUGCAGGCCUUCACAGAGCCGGAAAACGUUCCAGACUUCUGGAGCUCAGCGCUGCAGGCCAAGUCAGCUGCAGUGAAAACUUCCCGUUUCGCCUCCUUCCCAGAGUAUCUGGUUUUGCAGAUCAAGAAAUUCACAUUCGGGGUUGACUGGGUGCCGAAGAAACUAGAUUUGGCCAUUGAUGUUCCAGACUUUCUGGAUCUGAGCAGGCUGCGGGCUAUUGGGCUGCAGGCGAGUGAAGAGGAGCUGCCUGACCUCCUUCCUCCCAUCAUGCUAGCUGAAGACACCAGAGAUAAUUCCAUGAGCUCCAUAGACUCUCCAGAAAUAGACGAGGCGGCAGUAAUGCAGCUGGCAGAGAUGGGCUUCCCGCUGGAGGCCUGUAGGAAGGCGGUCUAUUACACAGGCAACAUGGGCACCGAGAUGGCCUUCAACUGGAUCAUAGCUCACAUGGAGGAGCCUGCACUGCGCAGGCAAGACUUUGCAGAACCUCUUACUCUGCCAUCCAUAAUGGACCCUGGUCCUUCCACCAGCGACAGCCCUGUGAGCGCCACCCUGCUGAGCAACUUGCCCCCCGAGGAGAGCAUCGCCAUCCUCACUUCAAUGGGCUUCCCCCGUGCUCACAGCAUCCAGGCCCUCAAAGCCACGAACAAUAACCUGGAACGAGCACUCGACUGGAUCUUCAUCCAUCCGGAGGUGGAGGCGAGCGACGCUCUCUCAGACAUGGCUGACACGGAGCCAAAUGACAACGCAUUCUCCAACGCCAACUCGCACAGCGACUCCACGCUGUCUCCAGACCGAGACGCGUCGGGUCCGCGGGUCAAAGACGGACCGGGACGUUACGAGCUCUUUGCUUUCAUCAGUCACAUGGGAGCAUCCACCAUGUCUGGACAUUAUGUUUGUCACAUCAAAAAGGAGGGAAGGUGGGUGAUCUACAAUGACCACAAAGUGUGUUUGUCAGAACGGCCUCCAAAAGACUUGGGCUACAUCUACUUUUACCAUCGACUAUCUAGCAGCUAAACUCAAGUUACCGCCCCUCCACCAUGCAACCUUUUUAAAGAACCGCAGUCUUUCACUCGGAAGACUGACAGACAUCCUUAAUAACAGCCGCACUGGAAACGAUGGAAAUAACCUUUCAGACCAGCCGCUCGCCUUAACGUGAUGUCAUUCAGGAGCAACCAGAAUCCCUGGUCAGAAAGGGAAAGCAAUGUGCUGUUUGUGCAUUUGUGUUAUGUUCUGCUUUAAAUGCGUGUUUCAGCAUUCAUGUUUAAGAAAAGACAUUUUCUUGUCAGUUAGGGUGCAGAGGGAUGUGUGCAAUGUCCACUUCUGCACUCAAAAUAAUGUCACAUAUCAAAUCUCAUUGUUCUUCAUCUAUGCCUUCUGCUACUGUGCCAGUAUUUUCAAAGUGGUACAUUUUAUAAAUGUAUAUUGAAAUGGCUUCACUGCCAGCCAUCAAAUGCUGCGAAACUGCAACAACAAACAGCUGGUGGCUUUGCAAUUUACUUUAAAAAACCAAAAACAAACAGUAGUUUAAAAAAAAUGCAUUACUGGUUAAAUAAUGGCUCAGAACUGCUCCAGAUGACGUGUAAAUUUGUCCCUUUUUAACGAGAAGCCAUCUGAGGUGAACUGGCUGAGAGCUUAAGAUAUAAGUUUUUCCUUCCCUGAAAGCACUUUUUGAUUAAAACAAGUCAUAUUUUACAGCUGAUGUAAUUGGACAUUGGAUUCUCCCAUUGUAAGCAAUUGAAUCUGAUAUCUUUAAUUUAAGGUUCUGAACUGCUGAACCUGUAAAUCCUUAAAGUGGCCAUUAAUAUAACAGACAACAGCAUUACAUAUAAUUGAUAUCCAACAUAAGCAAAGUUGUACUUAUUCUAAGUGCAGUUUCAUUCAUUAUGUUUGCCGUAAUUGCACGAUGUUUUCAUCGUAGGCACAACUUUAACUCUCGGCUGCAGCUGGUCCAGUUUAGUUCCUUUAUCACUCUCGACAGAUUCAGACUGUGACCCAAAAGCGAAAAUGAAUGUUUUUUCUUCACCUGUUGCCACUUUUUACGGGUGAGUGAAUCCAUUUAUGCAUCGGAACUGUUUUCACGUCGAAAGCAAUAUAUGCAACUUCAACCAAAUCUACUCCUGAACCUUCUGUGAGAAAACAGCUGUUUGCUGACAGGUAUCUCUUGUAAAAACUGAUGUGGUGCAGAAUGUUUGACUUCAUGGUUCUCACGACAACCAAAACCUCCUGCUCAGCUUUAAUACUCUACAGCCACAGUAGGACUGGCCAACGGAGACUUUAUGUGGUUGUUUAUCAGAUAUAAGUGAAUUUGCAGCCUCUGAAUGCAUUCAUGUGUUAUCUGCCGCAUCUCAAAAGGGCAGAGUAAUAUUACAAAGUGUUGGUGUUUUUUUCAGUAGCACAAACCCUCAAUUCCAGUUUCGUGAACUGGAAUGAAAAUUAUGUUAAAGCAUUUUUCAAAAGUUGAUGCCUUCUUAAUGGUCACAUUUUAUGUGGAUGUCUAAUCAGUGCUCAUGGUAGUUGUAGUCCACUGGAGAAAAAUGUUCACUAUUGCGUGCUGUCUUGGCAGCAAAAGCUAAUAAACCCGCAAAAUACAACUGUACACCUUCUGAAUUAAUGUUUCUCUCUUACACCGAAAUAAGACCUUAAGCUUAAUUGUCUCUAAAAUGAGGCUUAAUCGCUCUACAAUGUAUUUACUGUACAUAAUACCUUUUACAGACAGAGGUCACAAAGUGUUUGACAGGAGUAAAACUUACAAAAACACGUCUUGGUUAUUCUUGCCAGUUAAAACAACCAGUUACUCUGGUUUGGUCGAAAUUAAUAUUUCAUUCUUGGAGGAAGAUGUGACGAUGUAAUACAUUUUUCUUUUAAGAUUUAAAUUGUAUGUAAUUUGUUCUCUUAUUCAAAGAGAUUCUUUGAUAAUAAACAGACUUUCCUAGGAGGGUGCAAAGAAACAAAAGGAGACAUAUUUGAUAAACAUCAGAACCUGGAAGAUAGUGAUGGACUUUGAAAAAUGUCUUUCAACAACCUCAGGUUAUGCUUCUAAUUGUCAUAGGAGUGUCUUUCUUCGAGAGUUAAAUCCGUAUUUCAGCGGUGUUCCCUUUAACAACACUGUACUGAGCAGAACUUUGGUUUUAUUAUACAUUGACCUCUGACCUUCGUCAGAUGCUACUUGAUCAGCUGCUGCAGUGCUCUUUGUCUGCGGGGACUUCUAAAAGUUCUCUCUAUGCAAGUCUUCUGUUUCUGCCUUCUUCCUCUCAAAAGGGAUUUUUCAUUCAGUCAGAAACCAAAUGUAUCCUUUCAAAGCCUGCUCUGUAAUCCGUGUCUCUGCACUUCAUCAGCAGUGAAUGGGGGAACUUCUCAUCUUGCUUAAUGAUAAUUAGUCAUUAAUGUGUUCAGAUAUUCUGUGCAAUUGAUUUGUAUUAGCCUGCAGCUUUUGUGUUGCGUUAUCGUUUUGUAUUUUUGUUUCAGCUUUCCCUCCAGCUCGGUCUAUUCGAAUAUUAUUUUAAUAAAACGGUUCAGUUUGUCACAAAAGGGGAUAUUCACUGUCAGCGGGUGCACUUGACGUUGCCAUUUAGUCAUUUGGAUUGUACUACUGUACUUUUGUGAGAUGUAUUCUCUUUUUUCAUUUAACUAAAUGUAAAAAAAAGGUUCUUCACUUGUUUUUACUUUGUUGCCUUUAUGCAAACAAGUUUUCGCCAAUUCUGUAGCUUUCAUUACAUAGAUUUCCUGAAGGAAUUAUAAGUUGACUUUUGUAAUGUAUGCGUUUAUCCAAAUGUGGCUUAGAUGUACGUGAAUAGUCAUGACAGUAUACUCACUGGCACUGUCUACUUACAAUGUUUGAAUCAUUUAAUAAACUAUAUCUUUGUUGA